ACAAGGGUCAGAGGUGUGUGUUGUGUGUACUGUGUACUACGCACUACGCAGUAGCACAAGUUACUGUCAUGGUGGAAGGUUGACGUCUUUGAAUGUCUUUAAUCACACAAGUCUUAACCUAAGAAACGAAUUAGGCUAGAGAAGAUCAAGCUUCACAAUGGCGGUGGCCAUGUGGGCCAAGUCCGCUGUUGGGACGAACUUGGCGUUUGUGAAGGGUUUCGGAAAAGCCCUGAAGAGUUGGAGAGAUGUGAUUCAGCAGACCGUUUUGAAAAGAGCACCUCUUCGACAGCCAAAAGUUCCGCAAGUCACUCAGCCAUCUGCUAAGGAAAAAUGCUUAUUUCAAAUACGACCAAGCGAUCAGCUCAGAGCUACUGAGAGCUUACAGUCUCGUGUUUUUAGUUCACUCUUUUCGCGGACAACAUCGAAAUCGCUGGCCAGUGAACUUCGGCGGAGAGCUGCGUGUAGGUUGUCCUCCUCUCGGGUAGAGAAUUUUCGAAAUGUCCCAAUAUUCUCGCUGAUUGGAGUGACCCUGGGUAUUGAUGCAGCCUCCCUCCUCAGUAGCAACACCGAAAAAGUGAUGGAGGAUAUGCAGGGCCUGUUCUCUGGCUAUGGCUGGCAGGCAGAAGCGUUAAGUCGUCCGCCGCAGAGUUUGCAAGACCUUGACAUCAGCCUGGAGUCGUUGGCCUCGGGCUGUGAGGGGGCUGUUUACAAGGCCAAGGUCAAGCCUCUAGUCGUCAGCGGUGCAGACAACGCCCCUCACAACGAGACAGGGAGGACAGAUGAAGAUUUUGACCUGGCUGUCAAAGCUGUGUUCAACUACGGAGCAGCUUCAAAUGCCGAAAGUCUCUUGAGAGAAAUGAGGAGAGAGUACGUGCCUCUUCAUAUGAAGGAAAAGCCGGAGGACGACAUUCUAGCGGAUCGUGUCGGUCGUCUGCCUCCUCACCCAAACAUCGUGGACAUGCCAGGAGUUUUCCAGGACGACGUUCUUGUCACGGAGGAAGGGUUGAGGAAGUUCCCGGCUGCGAUGCCACGGCGACUGGACCCGGAGAAUUGCUGGGGGCGGAACAAGACGCUCUAUGUGGUGAUGAGGAGACGGAGCAGCCACCUCCGAGAGUACCUGUCCACCAACGAGGUUACCAUGGAGACCCGAUGUCUGCUGCUGGCACAGCUGCUGGAGGGUGUGGCGCAUCUGGAGCAGCAUGGGAUAGCUCACAGAGACCUCAAGGCUGACAACCUGCUGGUGGAUGUACCUCGUGGUGGAGGCGUCCCAAAGCUGGAGAUCUGCGACUUCGGCUGCUGCCUGGCAGAGGAGGACAAAGCUCUCCGCGUGGACUUUCCCUGCGUGGACGUCUACAAAGGUGGAAACUCCUGGCUCAUGGCUCCGGAGAUCGCCACUGCAGUGCCGGGUCGCGGCCGCGUGUUGGACUACAGCAGGUCGGAUCUGUGGGCGUGUGGGACGAUCGCGUACGAGAUUCUCGGGGGAGAGAACCCAUUCUACCCCAGCCAGGACGGCGUGCGUCGACAGUUGAGUACCCGGGAUUACACGGAGGAGGAUUUGCCGGCACUGCCAGCGUGUGUGCCGGAGGCGGUGCAGAGUCUGGUGUUUGCCCUGCUGGCCCGCGACCCACGGGAGCGCCCCAGUCCCAGUGUCGCUGCCGCUGUUGUACAGAUGGUCGUCCUGGCGUCGAGUCCCGCCAACGUGUCUGUCCCCAAAGCUUGCCGACCUCGUAGACAACCGCCAACCACCCAUCCCCGCGGACACUGUGCCGGGCGCGAGCGGGGACGUGGGUACGGGAGGGGCGGUCCUGGCGAGGUCCCGCGUGCGGUGUUGGCGGCACGGCAGGAGAGGGACCGGCUCCAGUGGGUUCUGGUUCAAAGCCUGGCCCUGCUGUGUCAGCUGACGUUUGGCCGAGACCGAGCCGAGGUGUGGGACGUGCCGGCCGUCAUGAGGUUCCUCUUCCUGUCCCGCCUGACGCACGCAGACUUCAGACAGGCCCUGGCCUUCUUCUGAAUCGGAGCGCUUUGCUGCCGUGUUGGAUGGCAGUGGCAGACGGCGAGGACUUGCCAGGACCGCCAUAGAUCCGACCGGAUCUAGACCUCGGUGCUUUUUUGUCCCAUUCUCCACUACUUUUAAACAGUGAAAACAGUUCAUAACGAAGAGUGAGCUUAAGAAGAAGUCAGUUUUCAAUGUGUAAAAAAAAAAAUGGAGAUACGCCGACAAGAAAGCACUGAGGUCAAGGGAUGUGUAGAUUAUGAAGCGCAUGGAGCUUGCUGUUGAGCAGGGAUUUGCGCUAUAUAAAUGCUAUCUAUUAUUAUUAUUAUUAUUACUAUGUAGGCCUAAAGCAACUCUCAGAAUGUAAUCUAUCAAAGUUCUGGAUGAGUAGAUGGUAGCCACACGUUGCUUUUACUUGAUUGCUGUGUUGUUUCUCCCAAACUUCUAAAUAGCCCCAGUGCUAGAGAACCUGAUUGUUGCACCAAGUGAUUUAUGCAUCUUUACGUUUUAAGAUAAGAUAAGAUAAUACUUUAUCCCAGAAGGAAAUUUUUCUUGGCUGUACAGGACCGUAAAAACACAUGCAGAUAUACAUAAAAAAUGUAGAUGAUAUAUAAUUGCUCUCGUUAAAAUUCUCUAUGAAAAUGAAAAGAGAAGUAAAGCUGACAAAAUGUUAUUACAUGAUGUCGCAUCAGAUGCAUCAUUCAACCACAUGCUGGAAUUUAAUGACAAGACCUUUGGAGUUAUAUAGAUACAUACUCUAAAGAGCAAUACACAUUCUUAUUCUGACAAUAGCCUUAUGCCAGAUGGUAAAAAGCUUCUUUCAUAUCUUUCUUUGUUUUUGGAGGUACAUAUAUGCCGCUGCGUGAUCUUACAAUUUGCGUGGAAAGGGGUUUUGAUGGGUCGUUUAUAAUGCUUGUAGAACUUGACUCCAACAUGCUUUGCAUUUAGCACGUUAGAAAGUUGUGACACACUUUCAGAAGGUCUGGAACCUGUUGCUCCUGAAUCAAUACUGGUGUACAACUGUACGUUUUUAUUUAGUUGUUUUCCGUUACUGUUGUUCAAAGUAAUCUAGAUACUAAGAGGACAUGAUGGGUGGUUGCUUUAAUAAGGUUUAACGGCGCUCGCAACCGCAUAAGGUCAUAUGAGUGCCAAGAACAUGUCCCAAAAAAAUUUAAACAUAAAAUUGAUAAAAUAUUUAUAUUUAUAUCCUGUCUAAAGAGAAAAGCGUUUGGAAAAGGUUGCUUGGGUGGAAUAAAUACCCAAUCGUGUAUCUUUGAUUUAUAUGUUAUACUUUUAAUUUUUGCUGAUCUGAGAUAGAAGCCUCUUUUGUGCAGACAUGUCACAUUAUUUGUUUUCUUUGUUUCUUUUAUGGCAAGAAAUGUGCUCCAGAAAGCUGCUCUUGAUGAUGAAUAAAUUAUUCUGUGGAUACAAACAUACCAGCAUGGCAACUUUUCUGUGACAUCAUGCUUCCUCUACGGAGUUUUUUAAAAAGUUUUUUCAA